CGCCCAGAGCCACUCUACUGCCCAAGUCCUCACAGGCAAUUGCGACUCCGGGAGCAGUCCAGGGGCCGCGAGCUCCUGUGUCCUAGGUCUGUCUGCCUGGACAUCUGCAGGUGGCACUUCUCCCGCAGGCUCUGUGCUGAGAGCCACGCUUUACAGAAGUGCAGCUGGUCUGUCCUCCUGCCUGCAUGGCCCGGGAACUCAGCAUGUGUUCCCAGGGCUUCAGGAACUUCCUGCUGCUGGUGUCCUCCCUUCUCUUUGUAGGGCUAUCAGCGGCUCCCCAAAGCUUCUCACCCUCCCUGAGAAGUGUGUCCGGCACUCCCUGCAGGCUUUCCCCCGCCCAGUCCGAGCGCCGGUGCCGCGCCCCGGGCCAACCUCCAGGGAGCGCCCCCUGCCAUGGCCGAGGUCGGUGCGAGUGUGGCGUCUGCAUCUGUCAUGUGACUGAACCCGGCACCUACUUUGGGCCUCUGUGUGAGUGUCACGAUUGGGUGUGUGAGGCUUACGACGGAAAAACUUGCGCAGGCCAUGGCACUUGUGACUGCGGCAAGUGCAAGUGUGAUGUAGGCUGGUCUGGGGAAGCUUGCCAGUAUCCAGUGAACUGUGACCUGACAAAGAAAAUCAGCAGCCAGAUGUGCAAGAACUCUCAAGAUGUCAUCUGCUCCAAUGCAGGUACAUGCCACUGUGGCAGGUGUAAAUGUGAUGAUUCAGAUGGAAACGGAUUUGUUUAUGGUAAAUUUUGCGAGUGUGAUGAUAGAGAAUGUAUAGAUGAUGAAACAGAAGAAAUCUGUGGAGGCCAUGGGAAGUGUUACUGUGGAAACUGUUACUGCGAGGCUGGUUGGCAUGGAGAUAAAUGCGAAUUCCAGUGCGACAUCACCCCCUGGGAAAGCAAACGAAGAUGCACAUCACCAGAUGGCAAAAUCUGCAGUAACAGAGGGACUUGUGUAUGUGGUGAAUGUUCUUGUCAUGAUGUUGAUCCAACCGGGGACUGGGGAGACAUUCACGGGGACACCUGUGAAUGUGAUGAGAGAGACUGCAGAGCUGUUUAUGACCGAUACUCAGAUGAUUUCUGUUCAGGUCAUGGACAGUGUAACUGUGGAAGAUGUGACUGCAGAGUGGGUUGGCAAGGGAAGAAGUGUGAGCACCCAUGGUCUUGCCCACUGUCAGCUGAGGACAGCGCCAGGAAGUGUCAGGGCAGCUCCAAUCUGCUUUGUUCUGGAAGGGGCAAAUGCGAAUGUGGCAAAUGCACUUGCUACCCUCCUGGGGACAGUAGAGUGUAUGGCAAGACCUGUGAGUGUGAUGACCGGCGCUGUGAAGACCUAGAUGGUGUGGUCUGUGGAGGGCAUGGUACAUGCUCCUGUGGUCGUUGUGUUUGUGAGAAAGGAUGGUUUGGCAAGCUCUGCCAACACCCUCGGAAGUGUAACAUGACUGAAGAACAAAGCAUGAGUCUAUGUGAAUCAGCAGAUGGCACAUUGUGCUCGGGGAAGGGCUCUUGUCAUUGUGGAAAGUGCAUUUGUUCUGCAGAAGAAUGGUAUAUUUCAGGGGAAUUCUGUGACUGCGAUGACAGAGACUGCGACAAACAUGACGGUCUCAUUUGCACAGGGAAUGGAAUCUGUAGCUGUGGAAAUUGUGAGUGCUGGGAUGGAUGGAAUGGAAAUGCAUGUGAAAUCUGGCUUGGCACCGAAUAUCCUUAACAAUUCCAUGGGAGACAACUGGAUUCUUAUUUUCUAGGCAAUUUGGCACUUAGAAAUACAGAGGAAAUCAUGUAUAACCACCACUAGGACAAAUUUAGCAGACUAUUGUAUGUUUUUCUAUUUCUGACUGAACGAAAGCUGGUUACCCAUUAGAAAUGAGUUCAGUAAACUGAUGUAAAGAACACCACAAAGAAUAAUUUUACCAUAAUUAACACCAGUGUUUCUCAACUAAGGAGUGCAAUUUCAUCACUCACAAGACAUUUAGCAAUGUCUACAGAAAAUUUUGACUGUCACAUUGGGUGGGGUAGAAGGGUUGUACUAUGGGAAACUUAGAGGUGGAGGCCACAGAUGGUGGUCAACACCCUGUAGUACAUAGAACGGCACAGCAAAGUAUUUUCCGAUUUUCAUGUCUAUCAACACAUAGCAAAAAAAUGCCAAAUUGUGUGGUUUUUUAAGACUCUACAUCUCCAUAAGAGAAACACAUUGUUAUACUCUAAGGAUAAUGUUUAUUCUCUCAUGAAUCCAUCAAUAAGAUUUUUCUAGAAUUCCUUCCACAUGACUCUGCAUUUACACAUGAGAACCAUGUUGAAGAUGUGAUGUUGGGAUGGGGCCUUACCAGAUCACAAGGAUUCAGAAAGGAAAAGACUGACCAUUUGUUGAUCUCAUGUUAAACUCAUAAGAAUCUUAAAAGAAGAAA